UUUUUUUUUUUUUUUUAAAUAUCCGUAGGUCCUAGCACAGUAUCUGGCCAAUAUUAGGUUCUCACAAAUUGAGCAAAUAUUGAGGUGAGUUGAUGUGUAAGUAAGUAUGUGACUUAGGUAAGAUUGAAACAUGUAUGUUUUAUGGGGUGCCAUGUAUAGGGGAAUAAUCAUAGACAAAAUUAUUGCCUUCAAACCUGAGACAUUAGAAUUAUGUGAGGAAAGACAGACAUAGAACAGCACAGGUUAUUGUCACAGAGAGUAGUCUAGUCCAAUCUGGCCAGAACAUAAGCUACAAGAAGUAGAGCAGGAGAAGAGAAAAUGGGAGGUAAAUUUAUAUUAGAGAACACAUUAUGGAAGGUUUCCAGUGCUGUUAAGUUUGGAAUCAGUGGGGGACCACUGAAAUUUUUUGACUAAUGACUUGAUCAGAAUUAUGUUGUUAGAUAGAAACUCUGUCUUCCAGUGGCUGGCACUGUCCAUGUUAAUAAACAUCAAAUUAAAAUGUCAGGGGGUUGGAAGGAGAUGUGAUUGGUGAUACAAAACAUUUAUUGAGUAGUUAAAAUGUGUCAGGUACUGCGAUGAGUACAUGUAUUAACUCUUUUAAUCCUUAUAACCCUAUAAAGUCAAUACUAAUAUUAUCACCCUCAGUUUUCAAAUGAAACAACAGAAGCAAAGCACAUCUUAGUCUGUUUUCUGAUGCUAUCACAGAAUACCACAGACUGGGUAAUUUAUAAACAGUAGUUUAUUUGGCUCAGUUCCAGAUGCUUGGAAGUCCAAGAGCAUGGCAUUGGCAUCUGGUGAGAGCUUUGUGCUGCAUCAUCCCAUGGCAGAAGGGCAAACAAGCACAUGAGAUGGAGAGAGAAUAGAGGCCAGAACGUACCCUUUGUUUGUUUGUUUGUUUUGAGGCGGAGUCUCACUUUGUCGCCCAGACUGGAGUGCAGUAGUGCAAUCCUGGCUCACUGCAAGCUCCGCCUCCCGGGUUCACACCAUUCUCCUGCCUCAGCCUCCCAAGUAGCUAGGACUACAGGUGCUUGCCACCAAGCCUGGCUAAUUUUUUGUAUUUUUAGUAGGGACGGGGUUUCACCGUGUUAGCCAGGAUGAUCUCGAUCUCCUGACCUCGUGAUCUGCCUGCCUCGGCCUCCCAAACUGCUGGGGUUACAGGUGUGAGCCACCGCGCCCGGCCUCAGAAUGUCCCCUUUUAAAUAGGAACCCAUACUUACAUUAGUAGCAUUAAUCCAUUCAUGAGAGCAGAUCCCUCAUGACCUAAUUAACUCUUAAAGGUCCCACUUCUUAAAACUGUCAGAAUGGCAAUUAUUUUCAACAAGAGUUUUGGAGGGGAGAUUUAAACCAUAGCAGGUAAUAUUUACCUUAGGUCACACCUUUAGUAAGUAGCAGAACUGGGAUUUGAACGCAGCUGACUCUGGGUGGUAUAUUAUUCUGUUUACUAGGCACAGCAGGGAGUUUAAGAUCCAAGAUUGAAGUUCGAGAAAAAAGAUUAGGAAAAGUAGAUUUGAGAGUCACCUUUGAGGUGAUGUUUGAAUCAGCCACAAAGGUAGCUGAGGUUUGUAAAAGGGGGUAUAAAAACAAUUUAGGGUGAAGGAUUGAGCUUUGGGUUACAUCUUCAUACAGGGAGCAAGAAUAGGAAGUGGAACCAAUGGAAGAUCUCAAGGAGAAGCAGAGCAACAUAAUGUGAGGAAGCUAGAACAGGAGAUGGUUCCAGGAAGGAUUUCAUGUUUAUUGAAUGACUGAUUAAAUCAGGACUCCUUAAGCUUUUUGUGUGCCAUUAGCUUUUUUGGCAGUUUGGUGAAGCCUUUGGAUCUUGUCUGAUGAUAUUGGUAAAUGCAUAAAAUAAAAUAUAAACUGUAGUUAUCAAAAUACAGUGGUCCCCCCUUAACUGCAGUUUCACUUUCUGUGAUUUCAGUUACCCAAGGUCAACCUGGUCUGAAAAUAAGUACAAUAAGAUACUUUGUGUAUGAGACAGAAAGACCAUAUUCACAUAACUUUUAUUACAAUGUAAUUGUCCUAUUGUUGUUGUUAAUCUCUUCCUGUGCCAAUUUAUAAAUUAAACUUUAUCAUAGGUAUAUCUAUGGAUAGGAAGAAACUGUAUAAUCACAUUUGGUGCUAUGUGGGGGGCACUACUAUAUUUAAAGAAAUGUGUGAUGAUCUAGUAGUAUGUGUUUCUGUGUUAAUACAAUACAGUGUUUCUUUACUAAUACAUUAAAAAGCAUGAUUUAUUGGCAAGUUUAACAGCUCCCAUAAUUGUAAGUGAUAUUUUAAGAUGUCUGUAACAACUAUAAUGUGAUAUGAAAAUAUUAAUUGAUGGUGUUUUCUAUUGAUGACAGUGUAACAGCUGCUGGCUGGUACUACUAAGAUUUAUUUUCUACAUUCAUAAAAUUAGAUUUCAGAAUUUUUUGAAAAUAAAGUUGACUUUUUUUUAUUCCAUCCAAGUUUAUGGACCUCUGAAUUCUUUUGUUUUUUUUAAAUUUUUUAUUGAUACAUAAUAAUUGUACAUAUUUAUGGGGUACAUGUGAUAUUUUGAUACAUGCAUACGAUGUGUAAUGAUCAAAUCAGGAUAAUUAGGAUAUCCAUCACCUCAAACAUUUAUUAUUUCCUUCUGUUGGGAGCAUUUCAAAUCUACUCUUCUAGCUAUUUUGAAAUAUACAGUAAAUGUUAACUGUAGUCACCCAGCUGUGCCAUCAAACAUUAUAGAAUUUAUUCCUUCAAUUUAACUAUAUUUUUGUAACCAUUAAUCAAUCUCUCUUCAUCCCCCCUCCACCCUCUCCCUUUCCCAGCCUCUGGUAACCAUCAUUCUACCCUCUACCUCCGUAAGAUCAACUUUUUUAGCUCCCACUUAUGAGAACGUGAUAUUUUUCUUUCUGUGCCUGACUUAUUUCAUUAACAUAAUGACUUCCAGUUCCAUCCAUGUUGCUGGAAAUGACAGGAUUUCAUUCUUUUUUAUGGCUGAGUAGUAUCCAUUGUAUAUAUAUACACCACAUUUUCUUUAUCCAGUCAUUUGAUAGACACUUAGAUUGAUUCCAUGUCUUGGCUACUGUGAGUAGUGCUGAAAUAAACAUGGGCAUGUACACAUCUCUUUGAUACACUGAUUUCCUUUCUUUUGGAUAUAUACCCAGCAGUGGGAUUGCUGAAUCAUAUAGUAGAUCUAUUUUUAGUUGUUUGAGGAACCUUUAUGCUGUUUUCCAUAGUGGCUAUGUUAAUUUACAUUUCUACCAUCAGUAUAUGAGCAUUCCCCUUUCUCUGCAUCCUCACCAGUAUCUCUUAUCUGCGUCUUUUUGAUAAUAGCCAUUUUAAGUAGAUUCAGAUGAUAUCUCAUUGUGGUUUUGAUUUGCAUGUCCCUGAUGAUUAGUAAUGUUGAGAAUAUUUUCUUAUGCCUGUUGGCCAUUUGUAUGUCUUUUGAGAAAUGUCUAUUCAGAUCGUUUGCCCAUUUUCAAAUGGGAUUAUUUGGAGGAUUUUUGCUGUUGAGUUUGAGUUCCUUACAUAUUCUCGUUAUUAAUCCCUUAUCAGAUGGAUAGUUUGCACAUAUUUUUUCCCAUUCUGAAGGUUGUCUCUUCACUCUGUUGAUUAUUUCCUUUGCUGUGGCAGAAGCCUUUUAGCUUGAUGUAAUCCCAUUUGUGUAUUUUUGCUUUCAUUGCCUGUCCUUUUGAAGUCUUAAACCAAAAAAUGUUUGCUCAAAGUCUUGAGCAUUUCUCCAGUAUUUUCUUACAGUAACUUUUAUAGUUUCAGGUCUUAUGUUUAAGUUUCAAUCCAUUUUGAUUUAAUUUUUGUAUUUGAUGAGAGAUGGGGGUCUAGUUGUAUUUUUCUGCAUAUUGUUAUUCAGUGUUCCCAGCACCAUUUAAUGAAGAGUGUGUCCUUUUCCCAUUGAAUAUCUUGGUACCUUUGUUGAAAAUCAGUUGGCUGUUAAGAUGUGGAUCUAUUAUUUCUGGGUCCUUUAUUCGGUUCUAUUGGUCUGUGUAUCUGUUUUUAUGCCAGUACCAUGCUCUUUUAGUUACUGUAGCUUUGUAGUAUAUUUUGAAGUUGGGUGGUGUAAUGUCUACAGCUUUGUUCUUUUUGUUCAGAAUUACCUUGACUAUUUGUGUUUUCUGUGGUUCCAUAUUAAUUUUGCUUGUUUUUUCUAUUUUUGCAAAGAAUAUCUUUGUAUUUUGAUAGGACUUGCAACAAAUCUGUAGAUUGCUUUUGGUAGUACAGUCAUUUUCACGAUACAAAUUCUUCCAAAGACAUAGGAUGUCUUUCUAUUUUUUUGUGACCUCCUCAGUUUUUUUCCUCAGUGUCUCAUAGUUUUCCUUGUAGAGAUCUUUCACCUCCUUGGUUUAUUCUAGGUAUUCUAUUUUGUUUUUUUGGUGGGGGGAGGGGUUGUAGCUAUUGUAAAUGGGAUUACUUUCUUUGAUUUCUUUUUCCACUAGUUUACUGUUUGUAUCCAGAAGCACCAUUAAUUUUUAUAUGAUAAUUUUGUAUCCUGCAACUUUACUGAAUUUAUCAAUUCUAAGAGAUUUUGUGUGUGUAUAUGUGUGGACCUUUUAGUUUAUAAAUUUGUAUGUUUGCUUGUUUAAUGUCUCUUUAUUUUCAUUAGACUUUAAGUGUGAUGAUGGCAGUUAUCUGAUAUAGAGCAUACUGCUAGACACAUAUGGCCAAUAAAUAUUUUUUAAAUAAAUGAACCUUUCUGAGUCCCAGUUUUCUUGUUUAUAUAAUGGGGAUAAUAAAUUAUAACCUUGUAGAGUAGUUGUAAGGAUUGCUGCAUCAUAGUAAUGUCACUAAAAGGGAGGAUGAAUAUGGGUAUGGAGAAAUAUACUGAGGUAGAAAUAAGAAUAAAUGUGGGAGCUGGAUGGCUAGGUUUGCUCUCUGAAACAGGAGGUGGCAGGGAGUAGGAAGAAAACGGUAGUUGGCAAGGAGCUUGGGAAGGGCCUAGAAUGGAAUUGGAAGGGUAGUAGAGUACAUAGGGAAGGCUGUGGAGGCGUAAAAUGGCUCAUAGAGAUUGGGUGCGGUUGCUCAUGCCUAUAAUCAAAGCACUUAGGGAGGCCGAGCCAGGUGGAUCACGAGGUCAGGAGAUCAAGAUUAUCCUGGCUAAUAUGGUGAAACCCCAUCUCUACUAAAAAUACAAAAAAAAAAAAAAAAAAAAAAUCAGCCGGGCAUGGUGGCACGUGCCCAGAUACUCCAGAGGCUGAGGCAGGAGAAUCACUUGAACCUGGGAGGCAGAGAUUGCAGUGAGCGGACACCACACCACUGCACUCCCGCCUUGGCAACAGAGCGAGACUCCAUCUCAAAAAAAAAAAAAAAAAAGAAUGGCUUAUAGAUAAGCCUGAUAAGAUUUACCUUUGAAACAUCUGUUAGAAGGGACAAUCCAUCAUCAUCUAAUAUGUGAAGGCUCUUCCAUUCUCAGUUCAGCACCUUCAGAGACUGGUAGCCCAUUUGUUCAUCAAGUGAAAGGUCACUUAGUGGGCUUCUUGGUGGAGAUAUAUAUAUAUAGUACACCCUCCCCUAAGGACCUUGCAAUAGAGAUGAGGUGACUAUGAAACAGACAUAUUAAUGGAAGAGAAUAAUAAAAUUAAAACAUUGAUAAUGGCCAACACAGGGUGCUUUGGAAACGUACUGAAGUGGCCAUUAAUCUCAACUCUGGGUUCAAGGAAGGCUUCCUGAGAGGAGUGAGAUUUCACCUGAAAGGACAUACAGAAGUAGGAAUAGUUCUAAUCCAUAGAGGUAAUACUGUACCUGGCCACAACCAAUGAAUCCAGUGGUACACACCUAAUACAAGCUAAGCCAGUGAGAGAGGCUCUCCCAGCAAAGCAAAACUUGUAAGAUAAAGAGGCAGGUGGCCUUUGCAGGAACGCUAUUUUGUGAAGAAUACAGUUUAAGAACAUGCAAAUUCGUGAAGCAUUCCAUAUUAAAAAAAAAAAAAAAAAAAAAAAAAACUGCUGUUACAUAGCAUCCAAGAGGAUUUGACCAGAAGCAGUUCAGAUAUGGGUAGUGUGGAACUCAGAGCAAGAUCUGAGCUGAAGAGUCUGAAGCACAUAAAGUAGUUAAAUGCUCCUGACUGGAUCCUGGAUAACUGGUAUAAGGUUUGGGGUUUGAGCCCAUGCAUGCUUUUGUCCUUGUUUCACUUCCCACUCCUUCUGCACAGUUUACUUGGGUGGUCUUAUUCAUGGCCUCUGCUCCGACAUUUGUGCUGAUGACUCUCAAAUCAGGCUCUUCAGACCAUACCUGGGGUCCAUACCCACACGCCUCACUGCGCUCCCGUGCAGUUUCAGCUGGCUGUUCCACUGGCAUUUCAAAUUCAAUAUGUACAAAAUCAAGCCCUUUCUCUCCUCUGUUUCAGCUUGCUGUUCCACUGGCAUUUCAAAUUCAACAUGUACAAAAUCAAGCUCUUUCUCUUUGUAAACCUGCUCCCAUGGCAUUCUUUUCUGCUUCAAUUCAGUCCAUCCCUGACCACCCACCCAGCCACCCACGCUGGAAAUCUGAGAUAUCCUUGACUCCUCCACCUUCUCACUCCCACAGCUAAUCAGUAGCCAAACCCUUUAGAUUCUACUUCCUAAUUAUCUCGAUAUUCUAUCUCCUCCGCCUCCUCUAAUUAUGACUUAAUUCAGGCUCUUAUUAUUUGUCAUUUAAAUUAUUGCUGUAUUGCUAUAGGAGUGGUGUGUGUAUGUGCAACUGUUCAUCUUGGUAUGCUAUAGACUCUUGCCCAGCAGUUUUGCCUCAAUUCUUUAAAAGCUCCAGUUCAUUGAAAUAUCCAUCAGAACAUUUUUUCCAAAAUGCUAAAAUGAUUGUGUCAUUCCCCAGUUUUAAUAUCUCUAUCAUCUGCUAAGUAAAAGCAAGCUCCUCCUUGUGGCGUAGCAGGGCCCAUAUGAUCUGGCCCUUGCCCGAAUUUGUAGCUCAUCACAACAUCCUUCUACCCCCCAUUACCUCCUAUUAUCAUACACGAACACACAAGCGACCUUCACAACAUUCAUAUCAACUAGUACACAGGGUCUCCAAAGAGGACCUCUGGAUGCCUGUGAUCUUUGUACUUCUGCCUACCCUUUGCCCUGGCGUGUUUUUCUCUUCCUUCAUGUUCUGCUGGCCAAAUUGUUUUUCCUUCAAGACUUAGGAGCCUGCCUGAUUAUGUUCCUCCUAUUCUGCAUCCUCAUAAAAUUACUGCGACUUCCAAAACACUUGGCACAUUCUUAUUUGAAUACAUUACACUGUUGUGUAAUUAUCCCUUGGCCCCCUCCCCCAGCACUAAACUCUAAGCUCUUUGAAGGCAGACUAUGCCUAUUCAUCUUUGUAUUUCUAGCCGUGGGCCCAACACCCAGAAUUUCUUAUAUUUUCAAUAUAUGUCUGCCAAAUGAAUUAGAGCUAAUGCCUGAAGGAGAAUGAGUUUUUUUGAGAAAGAGGAAGAGCUAGGAGGGAGGAGAAGGCAGGGUCCGAAGAGCCCUGGGGGUUUACUUGGGGAAGAUGCGGUUCCCCACUGCAGCAUUCUGCCAGGAGGUGGCACUGCUCUGAAGAGCCAGCUGGUCGCUUACGGACUGAGGCUGACAGCUUGAAACCAAAGAGGGAACUCCACCAGGAAGCAACAUUCCUCCACUGGGCUUCCCAGCUCAGUUACAUGCAUACUGUGCCCUGGUCAAACAGCCAAGUCUUCAGGAGGUUGCUAGCCCCAGGCAUCUCCCCAGUGACUGAUGAUGUUAAACCCUACGCUUCUCUGAUUGGUUUAGACAAAAUGACAAGGGCACCUAUUGGAAAUGAUCUGGCAAAACAUGAUCUAAGGCCGCCCUCUGGGGGAGGGAGUUGGGGAAGCUGGGUUGGCUGGGUUGGUAGCUCCUACCUCCUGUGUGGUGAGAAGGUAUGGGUCAUGAACAGAACCGAGGAGCUGCACUGCUACAGAUGCUACCACUUCUGUGGCUGCUGCCCCACUCCUGGGCCGUCCCUGAAGAACACUCGGGUGCCUCGCCUGCCCGAAUUUGCUGACUGGGCUCAGGAACAGGGAGAUGCUCCUGCCAUUUUAUUUGACAAAGAGUUCUGCGAGUCGAUGAUCCAGCAAAUAGGGCCACAACUUGAUGGGAAAAUCCCGGUGUCCAGAGGGUUUCCUAUCGCUGAAGUGUUCACGCUGAAGCCCCUGGAGUUUGGCAAGCCCAACACUUUGGUCUGUUUUGUCAGUAAUCUCUUCCCACCCAUGCUGACAGUGAACUGGCAGCAUCAUUCCAUCCCUGUCGAAGGAUUUGGGCCUACUUUUGUCUCAGCUGUUGAUGGACUCAGCUUCCAGGCCUUUUCUUACUUAAACUUCACACCAGAAUCUUCUGACAUUUUCUCCUGCAUUGUGACUCACGAAAUUGACCGCUACACAGCAAUUGCAUAUUGGGUGCCCCGGAAUGCACUGCCCUCAGAUCUGCUGGAGAAUGUGCUGUGUGGCGUGGCCUUUGGCCUGGGUGUGCUGGGUAUCAUCGUGGGCAUUGUUCUCAUCAUCUACUUCCGGAAGCCUUGCUCAGACUGAUUCUUCCAGACCAGAGUUUGAUGCCAACAGCUUCGGCCAUCCAAACAGAGGAUGCUCAGAUUUCUCACAUCCUGCCCAGGAUCUCUUCUUAGGGUAGAAGAAGUCUCUGGGACAUCCCUGGGGUGUGUGUGUAGAUUUCCCACCUGGGGACUCUGCUCUCCCUGGGCUUGCAUCCCAGGGAUCCCGGAGUGGCAUGCCUAUCACAACCACAUUCCUUCCCCCCACGAGGCAAUAAAUCUCAUUUCUUUA